CUGUGAAUGAACACCGGUCUGCAGGAACAGAGGCUACAAUAACCUUCAACAUUAGACCUGUACUUUUACUAGUAUCAUUAAUUUGAACAGCACAGUUUGCUCUGAGAGGUUAGAGGAUGCACUGCGGUAUAUCCUGGUUUAUGCAUGUGUUUCUGUUCCUUUUAACUUCCUCUGUAUAUCUAAAUGGAUCCUGCUUGGAAUCAGCAGGCAGUAAACUUCCUCGGCCAAUAAUUGCUGAGCUGCAGGCUAAUGUUGCUACACAGAGCCUUGUGGUGAAGUGGCUGGUCAAUCACACUGGUUUAACAAGGGAAAGCGGUGAUACUUAUGAAAUACAGGUCGGACGCACUGACAACCUCACUAUCGUUCACAACAGUAAAGUGAGUAGCUGUCCUUUGGGUAGUGACUCUACGUUAACAUGGACCUGGGUGUCUACUCUGCCUUUACAAUGUGCUGACCAUUCAAUCAGAAUACGACGUUUCUGCAGCCAUGCAGACCCAAGUGACUGGAGCCAAUGGAAGACAAAUUAUGGUGCCCAAGACACAGUGGACAGAGUUUGGAAAAAGACCAAGAUGUUUCCCUACCAGCAGGUGUUAAAGGAGGGCUCCACUAUAUUGUUCUGCUGUGUCCCUCCUAGAGGCAUCCACGUCACCAAUAUGACCUUCAACUCCACCACCAGCUACCCCCUGAUCAACAUCACUCACAGAGUCACAGCCAUUGCUGUCCACAACCUAAACAUCACACAAGCAUCCGGCUCCGGGGUGUACUCCUGGUGUGAGGAUACAACAGAGAAGAGGAACAACUACUGCUCCAACUUCAUCAGCUUUUCUCCCCAGAGGCCGGAGAACCUGAGCUGCGGGACUGAGGACAUGAGAACUGUUAUCUGCACCUGGAACCCUGGUAGACCUGCUAACCUGUAUGAACCCUACAAACGCACACACACCCUUCACAUAAAGAACACUGUUGAGGAUCCUAUCAAGUGUGGUGAGUGGUUCUGCAGGUUCCAGGCUGUCCCAGGCUUAGAGUGGUAUCAUGUCUCAGUGGUAGUCAAAAACCAGCUAGGAGAGGAGAAACAAAGCUACAGCUUCAACAUCACUGACAGAGUGUUCCCAGUCCCAGAGGGAGUGAAAGUGAGUCCAGGGGUGACUGAAGCCAACGUGUCCUGGGUUGUGAGGGGGAACCUGUCUGGGGUGGAGCUCUUCUGCCAGGUCACAGCAGACCCAGUAGAGCCUAGGAGACCGACACACCUGGCUGAAGCAGCAGACCUACAGAGCACAUCCAUGCAUCAGGUGUGCAAUGGAGGCUCGGACGAACGUUGUGAUGUCAGCCUGAAGCAGCUCUCGCCCAACACCCGUUAUGCCACCAGGGCGCGCUGUGCUGUGAGAGGGAACCUAGAGGGAGAGUGGACACAACCCACGCACUUCACUACCUACCCCCUGGUGAGGCUGGAUGUGUGGAGGAGGGUCAGAUUGCUGUCCCAUGGUCAGCGCAAUGUCACUCUGCUCUGGACCCCGCAAUUAAGUGGCUCGGCAUCUAGUGUUAAAAUCCAGGGCUACAAGGUACGCUGGAGGCAGGAGGGGUGCCAGUGGAUCCUGUGGAAGGACAGAGAGCAGACACAGACUGAGAUCUCCAUUGGCCCAGGGCAAUGUGACAUGAUCAUCCAGGCUGUUAUUCAGCCUGGCUCCUCCCCCCCAGGCCACAUCACCAUACCUCCGGUGGAGAGAAAAGAGUAUCUUUGGAAUGACACGCGUGUGAGUGGGAGUGCCAGCGGAGGCUUCCACCUCAUCUGGAAAGAGCAGGAAGGUGUCACUUGUGGGUACACUGUGGAGUGGUGCACAGUAGGAAGCGGAGUUUCCUGCACUCUGCAAUGGAGGAGGGUGCCAGUGGGAAACACAUCAGUGUCCCUACCAGCAGGGGAUUUUAAAGCGGGUCAUAGGUACACCUUUGAUAUAUAUGGCUGCACUGACGAAGGAGACAAACUACUGGAGAUUCUCACUGGCUACUCCCAGGAACUCAAGCCUGUCCAGACUCCCAGGCUGGUCGGGCCCAUUCGAACAACUUCCUCUUCUGUGACACUGGAGUGGCAUUACCAUGAGGAUGACCACUCUCACCCAGGGUUCAUCACUGGUUACUUGGUAACCGUGCACAAGACAGGGUCUCAGAGGUCACCAGGUCAUGUGCCAAAUCCUUUUACCAAGACGGUGGCAGACCCCCACAAUAAGUCUCUAACCAUAGUAGGACUGCAGGAGCACCAGAAGUACACCUUCCAUCUGAGUGCACUCACUAAUGUUGGACCAGGCCCACAUACUACUGUAACUGUCAAGACCCAGACAAUCCCCUCUAUUCUCCUGGCUAAGAUCUUAACUCCUCUCCUGCUGCUGUUGGGGCUCGCCAUCCUCCUGUGUCUAUUCUGGAAAAUGCUGAGGAGUUGUAUAGUGGAGCUGUUUGGGUACCCGGCUGUGAUGAACAUCAAACCAAUUGAACUGGACCGCCACAUACAUGAGACCAGUGAGAGGCUGCGGUGUCUCAAGGUGGGGGACUGUGUCUGCAGUGACAUAGAGAUCCUGAGCGUCAGGCCAACCAUGUCAGAGAGGAUGCCUCUCAUUCACCCCAAACUCCCCCGCCUUUCUUCCUCUUCCACCACCAUUCCCUCCUCUUCAUUCUGCCCUGUGCACCCUUCCUCCUACUCUUCAUCCAUGUCUUCCUCCUUGCCCUCCCUCUCACCUUCCUCCCCAUCCUUUUCUACUCAACACCUGCACCAAAAAGGGUACUGUCCACAGUCACCCACAGAAGUCUGGGAUUGCUCAGUCCAGACAAGCCUCACCAACAGAAGUUAUUUCCCCUCUGUGGGGGCGGUGCAAUCCAUUGAGUUGAAACCAAUCAGAUUUACAGACAUCAGUGACUUCUCCAGCUCACCAAUCAAGCUCUCCAAUCUCAUCACCAGCGAGACUUCUGAGGGGCCGCAGUUACGACCAGGGGCAUUAUUGGAGAAUAUUGAUGGAUACAUUACCACUGACUCAUUAGUUAAGUCAAUGACUGUAUAUAUGAAUGGACAAAGCCAUUGAUUACAUUUACAUUUACAUUUAUUACAUGACACCAUUCAUUCCUAUGUGAAGACUUAAUAGCGCACUGAAGCCAAAUUUAGUCAGUCAUGUAGACAUAACAUGCUCAGUUUGAGCUACUCCUGGAAGUUACUUUGCUGGUUAGCUUAGUGCUACCCUUCUCAUUGAAUAACUCAGCUUGAAGCCCGACCGGUGUUGGCUGCCACUAGCAACUAAAUUAUACUUCUAAAUCAAAUUGUAUUUGUCACAUGCACUGAAUACAACAGGUGUAGACUUUACCUUGAAAUGCUUACUUACGAGCCCUUAACCAACAAUUCAGUUAAAAAGUGAGAAAAAAAUGUAACUAAAAAAGAAAAAAAUGGAAAUAGUAACACAAUAAAAGAACCUGUAACGAGGAUAUACAGGGAGUACCGGUACCGAGUCAAUGUGCAGGGGUAUGAGGUAGAUGAGAUCAUUGAGAUCAGUGGUGUAAAGUACUACUUAAGUAGUUUUUGGGGGUAUCUGUACCUUACUUCACUAUUUAUAUUUUUGGCAACUUUUACUUUUACUUCACUACAUUCCAAUAGAAACAAAUGUACUUUUUACUCCAUGCAUUUUCUCUGACACCCAAAAGUACGUGUCACAUUUUGACAGGAAAAUGGUCCAAUUCACACACUUAUCAAGAGAACAUUCCUGGUCAUCCCUAAUGCCUCUGAUCUGGCGGACUCACUAAACACAAAUGUUUUGUUUGUAAAUUAUGUAUGAGUGUUGAAGUGUGCCCCUGGCUAUCUGUCAAAAAAAUGGUGCAGUCUGUUUUGCUGAAUAUAAGUGUCACGUUCUGACCUUUAUUUCUGUUGUUUUUGUCAUUAUUUAGUAUGGUCAGGGCGUGAGUUGGGAUGGGCAGUCUAUGUUUGGUUUUCUAUGAUUUUGGGAUUUCUAUGUUUCUGCCUAGUAUGGUUCUCAAUCAGAGGCAGGUGUCAUUAGUUGUCUCUGAUUGAGAAUCAUACUUAGGUAGCCUGGGUUUCACUGUUUGUUUGUGGGUGAUUUUCUAUGUUAGUUGCAUGUGUCAGCACAGGUCUCAUUUAUAGCUUUACGGUCCUUAUUUGUUUAUUGUUUUUGUAUAGUUUGUAUUCAGUGUUCAGAGCUUUCCUUUAUUAAAUAUUCAUCAUGAACGCACACCACGCCGCAUUUUGGUCCUCUGAUCCUUCUCGCCUCUCCUCUUCAGACGAAGAGGAGGACGACCGUGACUAUAAGGAACUUGAAAUGAUUUAUACUUUUAUUUUUUGAUAUAUUUUUGUGAUUACUUUUGAUGCUAAAGUAUAUUUAAAACCAAACACUUUUACUAAAGUAGUAU